AAAUGAACAUGUUCUAGAACGAACAUUAGUUGACGGUAACGUUUAUUGUUGUAAUGUGAACAAUUCUAUUGGCUAUUUUGGAUCAUGUACUGUGGUUAAAAAUUCUAUGGUAAACAUUGUAAACAUUGGAUUUUUUCGUAAUAACAAAAGAUGA